CUUCCUUUUCUUUUUGUUUGGAGAGAUCUGCAGCCAUGCCUGAUCCGUCCAAAUCGGCGCCCGCGCCCAAGAAGGGCUCCAAGAAGGCCGUCACCAAGGCGCAGAAGAAGGAUGGCAAGAAGCGAAAGCGAAGCCGCAAGGAGAGCUACUCCAUCUACGUGUACAAGGUGCUCAAGCAGGUGCACCCCGACACCGGCAUCUCGUCCAAGGCCAUGGGCAUCAUGAACUCCUUCGUCAAUGACAUCUUCGAGCGCAUCGCCAGCGAGGCCUCCCGCCUGGCUCACUACAACAAGCGCUCCACCAUCACGUCCCGCGAGGUGCAGACGGCCGUGCGCCUGCUGCUGCCCGGCGAGCUGGCCAAGCAUGCCGUGUCCGAGGGCACCAAGGCUGUCACCAAGUACACCAGCUCCAAGUGAGGCGCGCUGGCCGCCCCGGAACCCAAAGGCUCUUUUCAGAGCCACCCACACAAUCGAAAAAGGGUUUCGAACACGGU